GGAGGGUUGUGCCGAUCGUGGGGAACACUCCUCGCGUCUAUAUCGCGGCGGUGGCUGCGAGUCGCGAGAGCUCGACCGGCAGCUCGUACACGACCCCAACCGCCUCCUUUUUCAGGGGUUUCGGUUUCCGGUUCGGAUACCCGUUCGCAGGGACGAGGCGGUUUUUCUCCAUCCUCCGUGCAUCCAUCCUUCUCUCUUUCUCUCUUCACCUAUCUAAACUUCUCUGCCACCUCUUUCUUUUAAUUCCUGUCUCCCUGAUCUUCCAUAAUUUCCCUCUUGCCAGCCGCUGUCCCAGUCUAGCGCGAGUUGCCACAUUCGGCCGAACUUCGCGGCGUACACCCUCCGUGCGUGCGCGGCCUGUGCGAGGGGCUCCGUGUCUCUUCGUCGUCCCCGUGGUCGUGCUCGUCGCCGUAGUCGCCCGUCAUACGGAUUACUCGCGUUCGCAUCCCGCUCGUGGCGAACCAAGUGCGCGCGAUGCGAGAUAGUACCGUGCACGCAAGUGGAACGACUUUGCCGGACGAAAGCAAUUACGGAUAAGAGGGCAAAGGAAAAGGCAUACGACGGAGCGACGAAGAACGGUGGCGAAUGGGAGUGCGGAGGAGAAGGAUAGGUUGCCGCAACAGGGCAGGAAGAGCGACGAUGGUGAACGCGGAUACACGGGAAUGCACGUUCGUGCGAGCGCGUGAUCCCUGUUGAGGAGAAAAGAGUGCCAAGGGAGAGUGCGAAAACCAAACGGAAGAGAAAAACGCAAGCAAGAACCGCAGAGAGAUCGGCGAAUUCAUUGCCUACGUGGAACGAGCUGCUGGCAGAGGGAGCAGUCACGCUCCGCGAAGUUGCCUGGAUACCGGGCAACACCGUGUUGCGCUCCGGUAAAGUAGGAGGCAUCGGAGCAGGCGGAGGUGGUGGUGCUGCUCCGCGGGAGGAUGGAACGCGCGAUGAACUGUAGUGAGACGAGGAAGACGAUCGCCGGCCAGGCCGCGAACGCAGGUCCGUGCUGCUGCCAAGAGUCGCGAUAGUACACCCGCGCCCCUCUCAAAGUUCGCUGGAGAGAAAGGGAGAGAAAGAGAGAGAGAAAGAGAGAUUCCCCGCGAGAAUGCUCGAAACCCCGGGAAGCAUCGUCAUGCGAACGUAGCGCGUUCUCACUGUGAACAGUAAAACGUCGUCAACUAUCAGCGAUUGAGACCUCGCGGAUACGCACGACCGAGGAGCGCGGAAGAACGCUUGGUUAUGACGGCGAAGUCGGGAGGUGCGUUAGCGAGUAUCGAUUAGCGGACGAUUCGCGUGGAAUUGAACUCGACUCGUGAUACCUGCACGAUGAUGAUGAUCAGUGACGCAGCGGGCGACAAAGCGCUUCCGGGCGACACUUGCGGCGGUGACCGCUGCAUGUAGAAGUGAACACGCAAAAUUGUGCAGUGCGUCGCGGCCACGACGGGCCACGACUGGGAAGAACAUCGGCAAGUCGAUGUCGCGCCUCGACCUGGGCCUGCAAAAUUCAUCUGCCAUGGCGCACCAGACAAGAGGUCUACCGCAGUUGCGAAUAAAGUUUUGUGCUACGGUCGCCGCCGGUCUCCAAAUAGUCCUCUUGCUCACCGUCCUACCUCAAGAGAGCCUUUGCGGACAUCACGAGAAACGCUUAUUGAAUAACCUGCUGUUAAAUUACAACACCUUGGAGCGACCGGUCGCGAAUGAGAGCGAGCCGCUGGAGGUGAAGUUUGGCAUCACUCUGCAGCAAAUCAUCGACGUGGAUGAAAAGAACCAAAUACUGACGACCAACGCGUGGUUGAAACUGGAGUGGACGGACUACAACCUCCAGUGGAACCAGACCGAGUACGGCGGAGUGAAGGACCUUCGAAUUACGCCGAACAAGCUUUGGAAACCGGAUAUUCUUAUGUACAACAGUGCGGAGGAGGGUUUCGACGGGACGUUCCAAACAAACGUGGUGGUCACGCAUAACGGCAGUUGCCUGUACGUCCCUCCGGGCAUCUUCAAGAGCACAUGCAAGAUAGACAUCACUUGGUUCCCCUUUGACGACCAACACUGUGAAAUGAAGUUCGGAUCCUGGACCUACGACGGCAACCAGCUCGAUCUGGUACUCAACUCAGAGGAGGGUGGUGACUUAUCCAAUUUCAUCAUGAACGGGGAAUGGUACCUCAUCGGUAUGCCGGGGAAGAAGAACACGAUAAUGUAUCAGUGCUGCCCGGAGCCGUACGUCGACGUCACGUUUACGAUACAGAUACGCAGGAGGACCCUCUACUACUUUUUCAAUCUGAUCGUGCCCUGCGUGCUGAUAUCGAGCAUGGCCCUACUGGGCUUCACCCUGCCGCCCGAUUCCGGCGAGAAACUCACCCUAGGAGUGACCAUUCUGCUGUCGCUGACAGUUUUCCUGAACCUCGUGGCAGAAAGUAUGCCGACAACCUCGGACGCUGUCCCUUUAAUAGGAGUGACCAUCUUGCUAUCGCUGACGGUGUUCCUGAACCUCGUCGCCGAGACCCUGCCCCAGGUCUCCGACGCAAUACCCCUGUUAGGAUCAUACUUCAAUUGCAUCAUGUUCAUGGUGGCGAGCAGCGUCGUGCUGACCGUUCUGGUGCUCAACUAUCAUCACAGAUCACCCGACAGAUACGUGAUGCCAAAUUGGGUGAAAUUACUGUUUCUGCAAUGGCUGCCGUGCCUGUUGCGCAUGAGUCGGCCGGGCAAGAAAAUCACGAAGAAGACCAUUCUCAUGAGUAAUCGGAUGAAGGAACUGGAGCUGCAGGAGAGGAGCAGUAAGAGUUUACUGGCGAAUGUUUUAGACAUUGACGACGAUUUUCGCCACGGGAACAGCGCCGCCAAUCCUGCCUCGGGCUAUAUAAGCAGGUCGGCGUACGGCACACCGCUGUCGGCCAGGCCGGCGACAGUCGAGGAGACUUCGGCAUCGCUGCCCCUCAGCGGUAUGCAGAGAGAACUCCAUACGAUUCUCAAGGAAUUGCAGUUCAUUACGAGCCGCAUGAAAAAGGCGGACGAGGAUGAUGAGGUCAUUAGCGACUGGAAGUUCGCCGCCAUGGUGGUCGACAGGCUUUGCCUGUUCAUCUUCACGUUAUUCACGCUUUUGGCUACGGUGGUGAUACUGUGUCGCGCGCCACACAUAAUCGUCCAGUAAUAGACUGCCCCGGUCGAACCACCGAAAAAAUGCACAAAAAACCAGAGAUAGCGCCUUCUGGAAUUUAGGAACGACGUCCGAUGCGAUUCGAGGAGGCGGCUACGGAGCGCGUCGAAGUGACGGGAAAGCGCGGAAAAAGAGAGAUGGACUCGUUAGUCCCUUUCGCGCCCUUCUGCGCGACUCACCCCCGGGAAUGUUCGAAACGUUCUCGCAUUUCCUGAUUCCUCACGAUGGGAACCGCCAUCACUGGGUCGCCCGAUACUCACGCGAUGUGCUUUCACUCACAUGCAAGUCAAGGAAGGAGGCAAGAGUGAGAUCAUCAACGACGUUCGCGGGGAAGACGGACUUCCAGUAGCGGCUGUGGCAGCUUCGUUUUUCCGGGAUGGACCCGCCGGGAGGACGAUUCCGGAUUCGAGAGGAGACGACGAACAAAGGGAGCAAGGAUCCGAUCGCCGACGUCACGCUCUGUUGCGGCUGCGUUCUUUCGUUUAAGUGACUUAAUUAACGUUCCGUAGUGCGAGACCGGUAGGUAGUCGACGCGCGACGCGAGCUGGACGAAGAUUUAGGGGGUGCCUCUAGAUCGUAGACGAAGGUAGGUGUCGGCGAGAUAGAGGACGCGCCGCCGAGUAAGUCUAAAAAUGUAUCUCACGAGCUCCCAUCGAUCGCGAUCACGCUCGCGAUCGCGAACGAUGUGAUCUCGCGCGGACGCGGUGGGGAACGCGCGACGAGUCGACGGCGUCACGAGAAAGGGAGAUCGCGCAGUCCUCGGAAGAGCGUUGUUGCGGCCUUUCGAUAAUAGUAACAAUAACGAUAAUAUUUCUUAUAAUAAUGAAAAUAAUAAUUAACGAUAUAAUUACUGUUAGUCGCUUUGCGCGCGCGCGCGUACGUACGCACGCUCGCACGCGCGUUACGACCGAGUCGUAAUUAAUUAACGCCGCGAUCUGUUGAGGGUCUCUCGUGGGGAGCCGAGACGGACUUUAAAAUAACUGCCAAAUAGAAACUCGAGUCAGGGGUGUUCAACCAUCUCAAAACGGUAGGAAGUCAAGUGCGGCUUGGACGAUCGACAGGGUGAACGCGCGUGGGCGCCGUGACCAACUCGACGAGACCCCGGGACGAGGGGUGACCCGAUCGACGGAUCUUCUUGUUUCUUCCCUCCCAUGCGCGAUCCGCGCGACCAACCGUGUGCGGUUUUAACCGUGCCGUUUCCCAGACCCAAGAUCCGCAAAGGCACGCGAUAACAAGCUCGCGCCGUCAACGAUCGCACGAUCGAUUCUCCCCACGCUCGAUAUAUUUUUCCACGUUCUCCCGUUAAUAAAGUCCACCCGUGUCGUGCUCGAGAGCUGAUGCGCACAAGCGCGAGUGAUCCCUCCGCACUUCCGCAAAAACCCGCCGGACGUUUUCACACACAGCGCGUGCUCACCACGGUGCGUGUGCACGCGAGAAGUUUUACAAGCGCACAAGAGAGAGCGGUCAACGCGUCGCUUUAUUCAGCCGGUCGGCGGAAGGAGGGUCGAUCGAUCGGUCGUCCGCUCGUUCGUCCAGGUCGUACGAGCCGCACGAGUAUGCAGGGCGAACGGCGAGCGAGCACAACGCAGGCAGAGGCAAGCGCGGCGAGGGCGAAUAAACCGCGAAAAAAGAAAAAAACUGCCAAGUUGGACCACCCCUGCUUUCCGUACAGAGCCACGCGUACUCGAGUCCUCGGGGACCUCGGUGAAUCCGUUGUGGAUCGUGAUCAAGCGCUGCCAGGGAGCGAUCGACGCGUUAGGGGGAGGAAAGGGGGCCGCGACAGCGAUUUAUAUAUCUCGGUGGAUCGCACAGCUUCGUUGCUCGGCCACGCGCUGUCAAACCCUUCGACGAGCUGUAACUUCGUGAAAAGUGUGACCCGAAUUGCGCCAUGCUUUCUCACUCAAACAUUAUUCACGUUUCGCACUUUGCCGAAAUUACUUCUUGCAGAAUUUAUGGAGGUAAAAUCACAGAUAUGAAUUCUCUACAAAUUGGUCACGCGUGUACCUCGGAAGUGUAUCAGUUACACGCGCGCUACGGAAAGAAAGAAUUGUUAGAGCACCAAUUAUCCGUCGCGAUAUUUGCGACGGCAGUCGACAAAUGAUCCGCAAUCAUUAUUGACGUCGGUACGCGUAUGUUACAAAGGAAACUCGUGACCUCGCGUGGGUUGAUCAAACAAUUAAUUCUUAGGACGGAUAGCGGGAGACCUCCGGAGUCCUCAUUAGCGUAAACUCGUGAGUUCGUACUUUUUACAACGCACGCAGCUAAUUACCGACUUGCGGAUCCACUCGUUAGCGUGUGUGACGUGGACUAUACGAAUCGUUUCCUUUGCGCGAACGAGUUUCGUCGAAGUACCGUAUCGUCAUUGACUUUCCGUCUUAUUUAUUUUAUCAUCGCUGAACACGUGCAGUUUUUCGAACUGAAUGGACUUGGUCUCGUAUUAUCCAGAAUUUUAUAUUGCGUACUGUCGUUGUAACGUUGCACUCGCUGAAGGUUUUGACGUCAAAAAUUUCGUAGUCCGUUUCUCUCUCUCUUUCUCUCCCUUUUCUGUUCUUCCUGCCUCACUUAACGAAAUUGUACGAAAUGACGAAAUGAUGUAGUCGUUCAACUGACGCGAACAGAAAAUGCAUGAUAAUGAUGAAAAUAACGUUAGAGUGUUCGGCUAAAUACUCAGAUAAAUACGUACGUAAACGAGAGAAUGUUUGACGUAAAACUUGACGUAGAACUUGAGUGCAUCGUGCAGCGAUCUGGUUAGUACACGAAUGAACAUUGUCAUCGACGAAACACGCACAACCGCACACAUCUCGCCCUCCCACACAUACACACACGCUCAUACAUACAUAAUACGCGAAUGCACCACUCAAAAACGUUACGGCGAUAAAAUAAUUAUCCACAUAUUUGAAAGAAAUUGUUUGCUAUAGCAAGCUGAAUCGACGAUGCUCGAUCGCGUGCCAAAAAAGAACCGAAAUCAGGUCAAAGAAAAAUCAUUGCAAAACGUUUCUCGGGGAACGGUGAUCGUCGAUCAUUGCCGACAAUCAUAUCGCGCGACGUAGGUUUGCAGCGUUCGCGGAGCACGAAGCGCGAGAACGAAAGAAUUGCGGUAUAAUGCGAUCCUCGGGACGCACGCGAGGGAAUGGGACGAGGUACGCGAUGCAAGGAGCAAUUCUGAGCACAACGAAACGCGAAUAGAAUUUAUGAGCAUGCAGGGAGAGGAAGACUGAAGGACCGUUUACACCACGCGAUCUCUCGACGCGACGUUGCUAGGAGAAUAUUGUUGGUGCAUCAUUGCAAUAUUAUUCUAAAAUCUCGUAGCUGCGAGCUGUUGCUUAUACAGCUUGCCGCAGGAAUAAUCAAAUGGCAGUCGAUUAGAAUACGCGAAGCGUUGAAAUACUUUAGAUACGUAGAUCGUAGCGUUGAGUAAUUAAGAUAUUAUUACGCCGCUAGAGAAAUUCUUUCGACACGGCUGCAUUAAUAAUCGUAAUUAACUUGAAUCGACUAAUUCGAGUAAUGAUUGAUUCGGUAAUUAUGCAAUUUAUUCGGAGAGCAGCUGAUAUUCAUUCGAACGAGCUUUGUUAAAUCGAGAGAUCAGUUUUGCUCACUCGAGCAGAUUGUCCGCGGAUUUUUCUACGCGGUUCUGCAGACUCGAUACGGCCGAUGCGAUGUGUAAAAUAGAAAUCCGCGGGUUAAACGGACCUUGCAGAAUCGCUGGGACGAUCGACAUCGUGCGGAGGUCACCGAUGAUUUCGAGAUGGCACGGCCGAUCGACGGGAGAUUCACCCAGGGCGUCCUCCGAUCUAGCGUAAUUUUCUAACUCAUCACGCGCGCGUCACGUAAUCGAUAAGUAUACGAGGUAAAACGACGACGGCCACUAUUGGCGGCUGUGCGGACCGGAGACACAAAGGGACAGGAAGCGAGAAAUCCGAGGGCGCGUCGCGACGCCGUCGUGAAAUCGGCCGCCAGGGCGAAACUGUCGCGUACAAAUCAGUUCGACGAGAACGAGGCGCAAUCUGCGAGCCUCGAAUGGCAUACCCGCGUGAAACGACACCUGCUACAAUAGAGAAAGGAAGGUACACACAUGGAUAUCCGUAUCACGAACGCGCUUUCAGCAUGAAAAACCGGCUCGUCCGAUUGUCGUGUCGCUCACGUUAUCUCCGAACGCAAUUUUCGAUACUGGAAUCGAAUUAAAAAUCAGAAUCGGACGGCCGGGUUUCACGCUAAACGCACGUCGAAAAUACGGGCCGUAUCCUUUCACGUAAAUGUAUGUGUGUGUAUAUAUAUAUCUUCGUUGCCCCCAUACCGGAGAUUUUUUUAUAUAUGCGAUACGAGAGAGGUAAAGGCGGUGCGCGGGAGAGUAGCGCAUUGUUAAUUCCAAAACGCUCACUAAAACGAAUCUAGCGAGUACACAGCGUAAGAAAAAUUUUACAUGGUGUUUGUACGUUUAAGGGACUAAAACGCGUCACACUCGCAGAGGAUCGUUCUGCGAUUGAGUCGCCCGUACGCAAUUAACGAGAGCGUUUGAAUGGAGAGCGCGAGAGAGACGAAGUUACGAGCACACGCACACGGCAGACGGGAAACAUUGUACCACGAGAAAGAAGAAAAAAAAGGAAGAAAUUAAGAAAAAGAGAGAAACGAAUCCGUGUAACAUUAAGAGAAUUAAGCUCGAUGUACGGUAAUCAUUUGAUUGGUGUGAGACCACGUGGUUAUUAUUAGUAUUGUUUAUGCCGAAAGAAACGACGAUCAUCGCGUUAGUGCUAUUAUCACACCGCAGGACUAUUACUGUCGAUAUGAUUACCGUUACUAUUUACCACUACUACUAGCGCUACUUAAUAUUAUUAUUAUGAUUAUCAUUACUACUACUAUGAUUAUUACUAAUGUCGUUACUAACUAUACUACUAUUACUAUUACUAUUACCGCUAGAAGCUACACUUACUAUUACCUACCUACACCGCUCUGCUACUAUUGUUACUAUUAUUGCUAACUUCUAAUUCCUCCACCGGGCGUGGAGCGCGCGAUAUCGCGAAGGAUCGCGCACGAUUUUAGCCGUAAGCUAAGCGACCUGCGAUUUGCGUUUUUAAUAUUCGAGAUAUGCGGUAUAAUUCACAAACGCGCAAUGAAACGGAGCUCAAGCGACACCACGACAUAUCCCGAGAAAUUCGUCGACCGAAUUUAAAUAAUAUAACGAAUGACGAAUUGUCAGAAUAACAGCCACGUUUUAGUCGUGUGACGCGAGCGGCGCUUCGGUAAUGACGUGCAUCAAUUUUCGUAGGCUUUUUCGGAUUAAUGCGGAGCCGCGAGUAGAGUCGAUUUUCUAGCGAUGGCCCGCAGCAUUGUUUCGUCGCGCCCCGGGAUAAUUCGACUCGUGGAAAACUUUCUUUAUCAUCGGCCUCUCGAUCGGAGAUAAAUGAGUAGAAUUUGAGUAGAGUCGUUGCUAUUGCAUUCUUGAUCUAAACAACAAUCGCGAGGGACGAUUCGUGUGUAGCGCUACGCGUAUAAAUUUAUCUCAGUUACCCGAUGUUGCGUAAUAGUUUGAAACUCGCGACGAAUCAGGCCGACUUAAGAGAGAGAGAGAGAGAGAGAGAGAGAGAGAGAGAGAGACACGGUUAUCUUUGCGCGCAAGUUCUCUUCAGCCCAUCGCGAUUCGUCUGGAAAACUUUUCUGCACGCUUAAUCUCUCCGAUCUCCAAUAAUUUCCCAAUUCGGAAAACAUUUGGCUGUUCUCGGAUGUUAUUGUAGCAGCGUUUGAAGAUAUCAGUAGAUUGAUUACGCACAAAAAUUAUAGAGUAGGUAAAUGUUCAUAAGAACUUUAUUUUAUAAGGGUAGGGGAAAAAAUGGAACAUCUAAAAUACAAUAAGCAAAAAAUAAUAAUCAGUUUAACAUAACUGUAUUAAAAGAUAUACAUUUUAAUGAAACACAAAUAUCUUUUCUGAUACUUUGAUACUUUCCAUUUUUAUUUCUUACUUUUAACGACAAAUUUGUGUCAUGGGGGUAAGAGAUUUAUUGAGAGAGAAAGAGUUAAGCGGUGCACCGGUUUUCCACACGCGCGGUUCUCUUUCCGGUAGAACGGCUAGACUUCUCGAUUACCUUCGCCGCGAUUAAGAAUACGGAUGACAAAAAGGGUACGUACGAGGUAAGCGUACGAACCUUUAUUGGUACGAAGCUCGUUUUGCCCACUGCCGCGUAGGUGCAGGCGAGCGCAUUGAAACAUGAAAAUUGUGUAACUUCUGUGAUAAGAAUCGAUUAAUAGUAAUUGCCGAAUGCGAAACCCCUUGAAACGAGGACGUUGGCGAAAGUAGCGACGCGAGCUCAAGCCGAUAACGAAUCGCUUCGCCGAGAGUAACACGAAACCAUCGAUGAAAAUAAUUUAAACGAUGUCAAACGAUACUUCGACGUACGAAAUAUACGACAUUUCCGCUCUCCGUAUCUGUAAUUUUCGAUCUAUAAAACAUAAAUAAAGCGCAUUAAAUGCAAUGUUAAUGUGAUGUACAUACGAUCGACAUGGACCGAAAUUAGAAGAAUACGUGGACCAAAUAAUCGGUUUCAUUUACAGCCAAAGUAAUCUAAUUUUUUAAAUUAGUCUAGUAAUUUUUCGCGAUCUAUUUUAUAACAAAUUAUCUAUACAUAUUAAAUUUUUAGAGAUUAGCUCUAGAUUCUCGUUUUGCAAACAGAUUCAUUGACAUUCUUACAAGUUAUUUUAGGUCUUUUAAUAAUUUAUCAUGCGAGAUUCUUUGUCUUUUAUAAUCUAUUUAUACUAUUCUGACAAAUGAGCAAACGUUAAUAUUUUAGUGGAGUGAUUUUAAAAAACAAUUAGGAAAAGUUAAUUAGAAUGAGGAGCUUAAAGAAGAAAAGGCCCGGUAUCAAAAUCUUUCGUUAAUUAGGAAAAGGAGCCAGCAAUUUAAAUUAAUUAAAACAUCUAUAGAUCAAAGAGAAAAAGUAAAGCAACUGCUGAUUUAAUUUAAUGCUGAAUAUCGAAAAAUUGCAGAGGAGGAACGGACGCUCGAAUUUAAUCAAGGAAUCUCAUUAGUCGAGCUGCGGGCGCAAAGUUUGGACCAUCUUUCAGCUAAAAAAGAUCCGCGCUCAAUAUGGUAUCGGUUUCGUGUUGCGCGGCGAAGUUUAACGCGUCUUCAUUUGCGGCUAAUUGGGGCCGAUUAGUAGCGGCGGCUCUCGCAUCCCGUCGACGAACGAAGGCGAGCCGGAAAUGACGGGGCUUAGUCUGGAAAUUGCCAAUCGACGUCUAAUUCGGCCGCUCGCGGCCAAUUUCGACUCGACGCCGAAGAUGAAGCGGCGACGCGCGUGCUUGAAAUAUGAUCGUCCCGGUCACGGCUGAGAGGAGGGAUCAAAAGAGCCAGAACGGAAGUAAGAGGUCUCCCGCCCGCGAUUUUUCCCGACAACGCGCUCGCGGACGGGGUGCAGCGAUCGAUGUGGCCGAAGCUCGCUAAUUACGGCACGUCCGUUAAUUGCAGACGAACUCACACAGACAAGAAACGCGCCCGCGCGAUCUGUUUUUACUUUUUUAUGUGACACGCGCUUCGUCGCACUCUUCGAUGACGAGACGUCGCUGCUUGCUCAAAGAUACGUCUCGAGCGAUCGGUCGCAAGCAUUGACAGCAGCACGAGAAAAUGAGAGAAUGUGUAAAUGUGUAGCGGAAACAAGAGGCCUGGGCCGCGCGACGUUACUCCCAACGUGUAAAAGCAAGCGACACGGAGCAGUCGCGGGGAACACACUCGUUACGCACUUGUGCGAUUUCGUUUCGGAAUCGGAGGUGGUGCAUUAUUAUCGAUAACGUGUAAAGCCGUGCGCCGUGUGUUAAUGUACACGUACGCAAAUACUUUGAACAUACGAAUAUAAAUAUAUACAUAUAUACAUAUGAAAAUAGGCGUAUGCAUAGGUAAAAUGCAUAUUAUACAUAUAUAUAUAAAUAUAAAUAUAUAAAUAUAUAUAUAGCUAAUAUACAUAUACAUAUAUAAAUAGCGAAAAACAAUAUUGUAACAUACGAGCACAGGAGAAUCUGCUAAAAGGUGAAAAAAAUGCUAAUAUAAAUUAACAUUAAACGUUAAACUAAUGGAUAGUGUGCGAGAACUGUUAAUAAAUUGUAAUAUUAACUAAUUCAUUAAUGAACUAAAUACAAAGGAAUUGAACUAGGUUACACACGGACAACUGGUAGUCAGUCCCCAACAUUCGUCUCUGUUCCUACUCUCUGCGAACGUGAACUCGCGCGUUGCUUUCGGUAUACACGCAUGGUUUCGCGAUCGCCACGAAAAGCGUCUCCUUCGUUGAAUUUCUCAUUGAUUUCUGUCGGAUAUCACGUAUGAUCUUUCAUUUAUCACGACUGGAUCGAGUAAUUGGCCGCGAGACACGCGUAGACACACACUCACACAUCCCGCGUAACAUGCUCUAAUUUAUAUAAUUAUUAUAUAAAUUCACAUGUACAUAUAGGACACCACUAUAUACACACACACGCGCGUGCCAAAGGUGAUUUAUAAAUGCAAUACGAGACAACGUGUGAAUCAAAAAGAGAAAAAAGCUAACGGUGAUUAGAGGAAAUUUCGCGAAUAUCGAUUGUCAUCGUUCCUCUCUCCCGAAUAUCUGCACUGAUUCUCAAAUAAAAAAGUACGGCUUGACCUCACGCAUCGACUACUCGUAUUUUAUUCCUGAGGAAUAAAAGCCGAGGGGGAUGUUGUCCCUUCCCUUCUACUAUCCACUAUGAGCCCCCAUUCGCUUUCGUUCGAGCGAUACGUACGGGCAAGGCGAGAGGAAAGAUAAAGGAAACGAAAGCAAAAAGGGGAUGUAGAGAGGACCGGGAAUUUUUUUCAGAUUGACGCGAGUUGAAACGCGACGAGUGACACGGGGCGAGUGACCAGCCGUCAUCGAUCAUGUAUCAACGUCGGUGGUACGUACACAUGCGUUGCGAGAAAACACACGCGCGCCCACAUUGCCACGGAUUGACCGCCGAUGGAUCGAUCCGCAAGCCGUUUUACACAUGAGGUAGAUGAUACGUAACAUUAACGCCAUUGUAAAGUGACGUGCGCGAGACGAGGUGACAUGCAAGUAAAUUAAUAAUAACAAUUGAUAUAAUGGAGACAAGCCAGCCGCGCGCGGUAUGCUCAAAAUGUAGAAUAAAGAUUACGACACUGUACAAUGCGUUUAAGGGAUACCUUAUGUAUAGAUAACACGUUAAUACGGGGUGUAAAUGCAACUGUCGCGAUGAAAGCGGGACAGGACUGUUGAGACUGUAGGAUUAAGCGAGGAUGCGCGAGCGAGACUUUGAUGAUAUUUGCAGCGCUGCGUCGCUAUGUAUAGCGUGAAAAACUGAUACAAAUGCGAAUACAGAAGUCUAUAUGGAUAUAAUCUUGCGUUCCUAACAAUGAGAACAUUGUCCGAUGAAUAAAUGUCCGGAUUGACGCUAAUCGACUUUAAUUUCCAUUUCAGAAUACUCAAAGCGAAUCGAGAUUUAGUCCGUAAAUGAAUAUAACUAUUAUUUGUUCUACAAAAAGACUGUGGGAUUUUUUAUUUUAUUCCUUUAAAUUUCGUACUAAAUUAUGUUACUUAUAAGCAUUCGAAAUUGGAAAUCUCUUCACGCGAAUUAUACUUUGAAAUUCUCAUGUGAAUAUAAUCGAUUGGAAAUUGAGAGUCUAUAUACAGAUACAUAAAUUUUCUAAUAAAACUAAAAGGAUGAGAAUAGAGAUGCAAUGUAUGUAUAGAUAAGGUCUAGUAUGAAAGUUUUCUGAAACAAUUACAUGUACCAAGGGAAUUUAAACGUACUAUAAGUAAUUAAAUGACCUAUUUAAAGCAAGCGUUUUAAUUUCAUUUGCUAGACGUCGAGUUUCAUUAUUUUAAUUAUUAUGAUCAUUAUCAUCAUUUAUUUCAAUAGACAUGUAAUUUUUCAUUUAAGUCAAUGUAACGUGCGAUAAGUUUCGACAGUUUUGUACGAGGAAGAAGGAUGGAAAUAAAUGUCACGCAGUCCUUGUCUUCUACAGAG